CUUCGCCUGGAAAGUGUAGUUUAACUUUACAUUUCAAACACAUAGUUGUAUUCUUCUAUAGCACUGGGAAGACACCAUUUUAUUUUAUUUCAAACGUAAACUUAGUGUCUUAUUUGUGAAUUAACGUUAGCUCCCCACCUGUUGAUAGAACGAGCAUCUUUGUUUACGUUUAGCUUAGCUCGGCUAGCCGCUUAUUUACCACGGUUUGCUAGCUGCUAACCUAACUUAGAUGUUAAAACCAUAACGGCGUGUUGAUGAGCUGGUUGCUCGUGAUCUUUACACUUCUCAAUGUACACACACGCUGGACGUGUUACUUGUUAACGUCAACAAGUCACCGGAAGUCAACAUGGACUCGUCGUUCAUCUGAUGCUUGAGAACGAGGCGAGUUUAACCGAAGAUGUGGUCAGUUUGAGGAAUCUGCCCCGACUAACGGAGCUCAGUCUGCAAAGUGGGGACAUAACUUGAGGCCCGGUCAUUAGGGAUGGAGCCUUACUCAAGGAAUGGCUUUGUGCGUCAGGAGAACGCCUGUCUGAACAUGCAGGAUGAGCAUCUUAUCAGCGAUCUUGAUGCGAUGCAGUAUGAAUUUGCCUCCUCCAUGUCGCAGGUGUGCCCCAGAGGCCCCAGGAUUGGGGUUAAAAACGGUGUGGCAAUCAUGAGGGAGCAGAUUAAUCAGCUUCAAGCUAAACUGGAGUCUCAAGCCACCGAACUAAAGGCUGCAGAGCUGAGGGCCGACUGUAGCCAGGAAGCAGCAGCUCACUGCGACAUUUUGGUGGCGUCUCUCACUGAGGAGCUGAGCUCGCUCAGGGAGGAGCUGGAGAACAACACAGCACUUGGCAAACGGGCGGAGCAACAAAGGAACCAAGCACUCCAAAAUGCUGAGAAACUCAAAGAAGCCUUCAAAGACUAUAAGGCUACCAUUUCUAUUAAACUUAAAAGGGUGAUGGCAAGUGAGAGCCAACUAAAAGAGAGUCUUGUUGAGUGUGACAGAGAAAAAGAAGAGUUUGAAAUGAAGUGCACAGUGAUGGAGAAAGGAAAGGUAGAACAGAGCCAAACAAUUAGCCAGCUGAAGGAGGAGGGGAGGCAGGUCCAAUCGGUGGCUGCUGGUCUCCAGGCUCAACUGGAGGACGCCAGACAUAAGGUCUUGCAUCUUGAACGACAGCUUAUGGAGCGGGGCACGGAAUUCAGGGAGCUGGGCUCUCUGCGAAAGGAGCUGGAAAACCUGCGAACUCUGACCCAGAACCAGGAGCAGCAGGCGGCCCAGAGCCACAGAGAGGCUCAGCUGAGCCAUGCGGAGCUGGCCAGCCUGGAGGCCAUACUGUCCCUGCUGCACCUACGAGAGGGUGCUGUGGGCACACUGUGUGUCAGGCCCUGCAUGUUUCCCCCAGUGAACUAUCUAGGAACAACCCACCUACUGAAGCUCAAGCCAGGCGAAGGCUACCAGCAGCUGCUGCGAGGGCUGCAGGCGAUGGAGGCCGAGCGGACCAACCAGAGCAGCCUGAUUGAGCGGCUUCAGGAGCGUCUGAGCAGAACGCAGGAGGAGAUCUCCUCACUGCAGAGCUCCAUGAGCCAGAGAGCCUCCCACUAUCAGAGCCUCCACACGGAGCUGCUGGACAAAGUCAGCCAAGCCGCUGCCACAGAGAAAGAGUUGAAAAGAAAAAGUGCUCGUGUGGCUUCGCUGGAGCAACAGUUACAGGAGAAAACCUCUGCCUACAGUCAGGCUGCCCUGAGCAACACUGAGCUGGAGAAUCAGCUUCUGGAGAAAACCAGCAACCUUCAGCAUUACCAGUCACUGAUGACCAAAAAGCAAAAGGAGUACCAGCAAUCUUUGGACAAGUGUAAACAAUCACAAUCUCAACAACUUAUGGAGCAACAGCACCGAAUAGAAAUGUUGCAGCAGUCUGGGGAGGAGGCUCGGUCUCAGAUGUUGCUGAUGGAGCACGAGCUGAGCUCACUCCAGAGGGAGCGGGACGAGGCUCAGGACGCAGUACUUCUGCUGCAGAGCUCCAUGGUCCAACUCACACAGCAGCGGCAGGUCGAAGUAAGAGACAACGAGGAGUUGCUGCAGAGUUUGAAAGAGCAGGCGGCUCAGUCUGCUUCCACGGUGAGCGAACUCCAGUCGUCUCUGUCGGCGUGUCGAGAGGAGCUGAACGUAUGCCUGCUGCAGAUGGACAAGAUGAAGAAGAACUAUGAGAGUGAGCUGCAGAAGAACAAAGACCGGGUGUCCUCUCUGCAGGAGAAGCUCCACGGGGCCAGUCUGGUUUGUCAGAGCUCCGCUGAGCAGAACCUGCAGCUGCAGCUUUCUCUCCAGCGGCAGCAGACCAUGCUGACUGAGAGCGCUGCUCACAUCUCUGAACUGGAGGACAGUCAGAGCCAGCUGCAGACACAGGUGUCCAGUCUGGAGCAGCAGCUGGAACGAACUCGGGCCACUCUGCAGGGGGAGGCGAGGAACCGAGAGCGGGACGCCCAGGAGAAAGACGAGGAGCUGCAGGAGAUGAAGCAGCAGAACAUACAACUGUCGGAGUCCGUCGGCCCCCUGAGAUCAGAGGUGACAAAGUGUCGAGGCGAGCUGGCGUCUAAAGAUUCGGAGCUGCAGCGUUUGAGGAAGGAUGUCGACGACAAGAUGCGUCAGGUCCGCUGCAGGGACGAAAGCCUCCAGCAUAUGAAGAAGCAGCUCGACAGCAAGAGCGACACGGGGAUGGAUCUGGAGGAGAAGCUCCAUCGCUGUGAGGCCGACAGGCUCAACUGUGUCCAGCGGGCCCAGAUGCUGGAGGCACAGCUUCAGGCGGUGCAGAGAGAGUCGGCUGAGACUCUGGAGCAACUACGGGAACUCAGAGAUGUUCUCCAAAGAACCCAAACCAUCGCAGAUGAGCGGCACGCCUCGGUGGAAAAGCUGACUGUCCAGCUGAGUGAGACCCAGAGGGUGUUGGAGGAGAGAACUCACGAGGUCUUGGACAUGGACAAUGCACUGAAGGAGAGACAGGGGGAGCUCCAACAGAGAGCACAGCUGCUGGGUCAGCUGGAGGUGGCCCUCCGAGAGCACAAGCAGGAGAUGCAGAAGAAGGUGGAGUCUUUGCAGCAGAGCCUGCAGGCCAGAGAGAGGGAGCUCACCGACAGACACAUGAAGGAGGAGGAGCUGGCUGUGAAGGAGGCGGAGCUGCAGAACAUGGUCACCUCUUUAGAGCUGGAGCUGGACUUGGAGAAGGAGCAGCACAGCAAGGAGCUGGAGUCCCUGCAGCAGACUCGCGGCCAGCUCCUCAAAGUCUCCGAGCACAUCUCCUCCACCAUGAUCUCCUCCCAGGAGCAGCUUGCAGCUAAACUUCAGCAGAGCCAGAACCAACUGGAGGAAGCCAAAACCGAAGUUGAGCAAACCAAGACAAAGUUGGAUCGCACCCGCGACCAAGUCGGUCACCUCCAAACAUGCAGAGACCAGACUCAGACGCAGCUCCUCCAGAGUAAAACCCAGCUGGAGCAAAGCAGGAUUCUGUGUGAGCAGAGCAGAGCCCAGAAGAGUCUCCUCAUUGUCCAGCUGGAGCAGCUCAGCACCCAGUUAAAUCAAGCCAAGGUCCAGGUCGGCCAGCUCCAGACUGAGCUCCAGGCCUUCAAGGCGUCCAUGGAGACGUCUCGCGAGUCCCUGCUCAUCAAGGAGUCUGAAGCGACCCGUCUCCAAGCCAGGAUCUCCUGUCUGGAGCGAGCUGCUGACCACAAGCAUCUGUACAGUCUCACACACUCCCCGCCUGCUCGGCACACAUCCACACGCUCCCCGGAGAACUCCUCCUCUUCUCACUUCCCUGCUGCCUCCCCCCAGAAGCUGCAAACAACCCUCCCUUCGUCUCAGCACGCUCACUCGACUCGCCUCCUCUCCCCGACACACACACAGACUUGUUCAUCGCCCCCUGCUCACACAUACCUGCAGCCCCUCUCGGCCCCUCAUCCGUCCAACCGAACAUGUGACUGGCUGCACAGAAGCAGUAUCGACUCCUCUCUGGAUCUUCCUCUGAGUCUGAAGGCCACACUGAGGGAGGCUUGGGGCACGCGUCUGUGGGAGUCCUCCUCUUCCUCCUCCUCCUCCUCAUCUUUCCCGAGCACGGCGGACCACAGUUGGCAGGGCCUCAGCAACAUGGAGGCCACGGCAGCCUCUGACCUCUCCUUCAACCCCCUCACAUACAGGGUGGACAAGCGAGACGACAUAAACCUCAGCAUGGAAGAUAGCUCCGUGCAGCAGGGAGACGAAGAGCAGGCGAGUGAGUCUGUGAGCACUCUGGUGGGUCAGCAGGAGGAUAUGAGCUCACUCACAGGGAUGCUGAAGUUUGUUAAUCAGACGUUAGCCAUGCAGGAGGAUCCUUCUUUGUGGACCUCCACUGGGCUGCAGACUGCACACAUCCUCCAGAGGGACGUCAAGGAGACAUGAAGCUGUGUUGCCAAGGAGACGUCAGAGAAGAGAGGAGCUGUUGAGAUUGGUGUCAUCCUUGUUGUUGGGAUGCAUGAAACAUACAUUCAUUAACACCUCUCAUUUGAUCCGUCCCGGUGGUGUAUUAUUGAAAUCGAGCUGCAAUAAUGUGUCUGGGAAAAGGUUGAUGACGAGUUGAGAUGACCACGACUUCCCAGUCUGUAAACGAUCGACUGAGAUGUUGGUUCACGCCGUAGAAAUGUAGCAUUCCAUGUGAAAUCUGGUCUUCACCAAUAUUUAUGUAUUUUACACCAUUUUCAAUAAGUUAAGUGAAUAAAAGAUGUUUUUAUUGAAGUAUUUGUGUCUACCACUGUGAUUGUUAGUUAUUGUCUGGAGAAAUGAAGCCCUGCUCGUUUGGUUGUUCCCAUGCUGCUGGAGGACCGUGGGACCAGAAGAACCGGCAGCUUCCUGUCCAGGAGAAGAUUUUGGGUCUCAGGGUCUUGGAGGGAAUCAUACAGACUCAAGCUGGUGAUAUUCGAUUUGGCAUGUUUUCUUUUAGGCUCCAAUUCCUCGUUAGAUUAAGUCCCGGUAAGACUGUUUACAUGAGUUAACAAAGCUUUAAAGAUGUACAGAAUAAUUAAAUAAAGUAUGUCUAAAAAGCUGGA